AUGCACAUUCUACAUUCUCUGACAACCUCCCAACAAUUGUCGUCACUCGCACCCAGUCCCUUUUUGUCUCAAUCCGCGUCUGUCCCUCAUCCCAUGUCGGCCCUGCGUGGUUCGUAUAUCGGAAAAGUAUUGUCUGAGCUUGAUGAGAUGACGGACCAACUCACCUCACAACUGACAUACCACCCAACACGUAUAACAAAACUCGCGCUCUCAAAACGAAACGCACCUCGACCCACUUGUACCGCUAUCUACGCAGCUUCACUUUCUCAAUCUCUUUGGCAGUGA